CUCCUCCUCUAUUCCUUCCGUCCUCGUGGGUCUUCUUAUCCUCUUGUUCCACCGUGAGUGAGUCUGUCAGCGCUGCAUCCAUCCAUGGCGUCCAUGCUCUGCUCCUACUCCGUCUCCAUGCCCGCCGCCGCCAGGGCUCCGCUCCUCCGGUCCAGCGCUAGCUCCUACGCCACCUCGGUCGGGUUCGCCACCUCGCAGCUCGCCGGCCUCAGCCUCAGCCUCGGCCUCACCUCCACGGCCGCGGUCUCCCUCCCCGCCAAGAACACCAUCGUCGCGCGCCGGAUCUGCCCCUUCUUGGAGAAGAAGACGAACCGGGCCAACAAGGUGUCCUUCUCCAACCACAAGACCAAGAAGCAGCAGUUUGUGAACCUGCAGUACAAGAAGCUGUGGUGGGAGGCCGGCAAGCGCUACGUCAAGCUCAGGCUCUCCACCAAGGCCCUCAAGACCAUCGAGAAGCACGGCCUCGACGCCGUCGCCAAGAAGGCGGGGAUCGACCUCAACAAGAAAUGAAAUGAUCGAUGAGCCAUAGUUAAGGUCUCCUAGCAACAACAUCUUCUUGAUUUCCUCACAUCAACCAUUUCAAUGUAAUGUAAUGUAAUGUAGUAUGCAAAAUGGAUUUAUGUUCAGCUUUCCUUUUCUCCCCUUUUCUUGAUUUGCUAUUUUCCUUGAUGAGUUAUAUAAUGUUAAGCAUCAUACUGGAUCAUUAUGUAGUUGUGCAGUUGGUUUGUGCCUUUCAGCUGCAAACCAAAUUGAUGUUUUAUGAUUGGGAUGAUCAGGGAAGGAUGUUUUAUGA